AUGGGCUCAAGCAGGCUCGAUAUUUCCUCCGAGGUUGAAGAGUCUUCAGCCAUCCUGCAAUCUUAGAAUUUCUCAGAUUUUUCCUAACUCAGAGAACAAAAUAUGAACGUGACAUAGUUUCACGGUGCUCAACUAACUCAUGAGCAGAUACUGGCAUUAUCAUUCAAGGAAUAUUUGUUUUCUUUGGACGAUACCUAAAUUUCAUAUAGAUGGUUAAAUAAAAUAGAUGCGAGGUAUAGUGGAAAGUAAAUGAUUCCAGCCAAUAAAGAGGAUUAAUAGGAGAAUAUAAUAAAGGAAAAGAUUAUUCAGCAACCAAUAGUUAAAAUAAGCUAGAAGAACUCACCUUAGGCUUAGAGAGAUCCAAAUUAUCAUGAGAAGCAAGAACAGUAGAGAUUGUAAUCACCAACAUUAUCAUAGCUUUAAAGACUUAGAAGGCAGAAUGAAUUAUUGCUAGAGAAUGAUAAAAUACAAUCAGCCAGAUUUUAAGCAGUCAAAGAAAGACUUGUCAGGCAGUAUGCAUAGUCUCCCAAAAAGCAAUAGGAAAUAUAGAUGCAAAUUAAUCAAUUGAGCAGUAUGACUGCUUCAAGGGGUAAUAGUAAUAAUCAUUCACAUAAAAGCAGUGGUCAAGGUGAAAGAUCUAAGUCAUAGAAUCAAAGAAAUACUAUAUCACCUCGAGAUUCACAAGUAUUUCAGAGACUACACGAAGAGUCGAAAAUGAAGUAGCAGUUUCAAUAAUAGAUAUAGGAAAUUAAGAUGAUACACGAAUUAAAGGAUUGCACAUUUUAACCAACGGUAUCGUCGAAUAAUACAACUCCCUUAUUCUCAAUCCCAGUUGCAUAGUAACCAUCGUAGUAAAAAGGGAACGAAACUCUAAUGACCAAUAUCUCAGCUAUUGAGUAAGCAAGCUUAAGUCAUAGUAAUAGCAAUAUUAAUCUCAUCAGUAGAGAUGAUUACUUUACCAAUUUAUCGAAGGUGGGUUCUAAACUUUAAAAAGCCUAAGAUUUAGAGAAAAUCAAAGAAAUAUUAGAACUUUAAGAAUGUACUUUCAAGCCUUAGAUAAACUAGAGACAGUCAUAAUCACGCUAAAGAUCAAACAGUAGAUCAGAUUCACCGAACGGGGAAGUCUGGGAUAGAUUGCAUAAAGAUCACUAAGAUCUAUAAGAACAUAAGUAAAAGCAGGCUUAGGAAAUCUUAUCUUAGGAGCUGAAGGAAUGUACUUUCAGUCCGAAAAUAGUAUCAAGAAGGUCCUUGAACAGUAUAAGCUCCAGAGAGGAGGAACCUCAACCUUAGCCAAACCCUUACACAAGACUUUAUGAAAAGCAUCAUGAAUACUAGCAAAUCAAAAAGUAAAAAGAAAUUGAGAAUAAGCAAAAGGAAUUGGAGGAGUUUACAUUCCAGCCUUAAAGAAUAACUAAGAGCAAAGAUAACAAGUAUCCUAAUUAUGCGCAAAAGCCUUAAGAUCACUUCGAGAAGUUGUAUCAGGACUCUAAAAAGAAUUAAUCUAAGAUACUCGAAAAUAUUCCAGAAAAAGAAGGGUCAUCUUCUUCAGUUAUAAAUGCAAGUAGGAGGUAGCAGCAGAUAUAAACUUAAAUAAGAAAUAGAAAAUCUAUGAGCAGGAAAGAGAUUAUGAUAGAUACUGAAGACAGCUAGACUCUAAGUAACAGAUCAUAUAGGAAGUAAGGCGAACAAGAGACUAAACCUAAUGAAAGGUCUUUGUAAAGAAUACAAUCUAGCAUAGUUAUCCAUCAUCCUUAGUCAGCCAAGAACUCUUCUUACCAUAAAAGCAUCGUGGAGAAAAAUGCACAUACACAAGAUCAAACCAAUAAAAGUAAAUAGAAAAUAUAGGGGUUGAUGACAAAUAUAUUAGACUAUGAAAAGUAAAAAUCUAGGCCCUUACCAUUGAAUACUUCAAAUCAAAAGCAGUUCAAAACUAUGAAUUAAGUAUCUUCAACUAAGAAUGCAACUGCAAUUAAGAACCUACUUAGUCCGACUCAUUCAGUCCUGAACAUUAGAAAGCCUGAUAUGUUCCAAACCGCCAGAAAGUCAAUUGAGCCUAAGAAAAAGAUAUCCACUGCUGAGAGGCUGAUUAUAGAGGGACAGAGAAUGCAAAGCAAAAAGGCUCAAAUUGCAGUUUUAUAAUAGCAUCUCUAGAGUGAGAUGAGCAGGGUGCAGAACUAAAAUACCAACAGAUCAAUAUACAAUACCGAUACAUCUAGGACCUAUAAUUAUGACAGAAGCCUCUAUGAAUAGUCAAAGCAUAAUCUUAAUCAUGAUUAGGAUGGCUAGAUGUACGAAUUGUGA